AUGCCGUCGGCCCUCGGGAUCAUCGAUCACUCACCCCAUCAGCCCGAACCCUCGGCCCCCAUCCCGACAGCCUCCAACCUCAUCCUCAUCGACAACUACGACUCCUUUACCUGGAACAUUUACCAGUAUCUCGUUCUCGAGGGCGCCACCGUCCAUGUGUUCCGCAACGAUCAGAUAGGCCUGGAGGAGCUCAUCCAGAAGAACCCUACCCAGCUCAUCAUCAGCCCUGGCCCGGGGCAUCCCGCAACCGACUCUGGCAUCAGCCGAGAUGCCAUUCGCCAUUUCGCCGGCAAGGUCCCCAUCUUCGGUGUUUGCAUGGGCCUGCAAUGCAUCUUUGACGUCUACGGCGGAGAUGUCAACUCGGCUGGGGAGUGGCUGCACGGCAAGACGUCCCCUUUGGUCCAUGACUCCAAGGGUGUCUUUGCCGACCUUGAGCAGAACCUCCCUGUGACGAGAUAUCAUUCUUUGGCUGGAAACCACGUCACCCUGCCCGAGUGCCUCGAGAUUACUUCUUGGGUAGCCAACGCUGACGGCUCGCCCGGCAUCAUCCAAGGCAUUCGUCACAAGGAUUUUGCCAUGGAGGGAGUGCAGUUUCACCCUGAGAGCAUACUAACAGCCCACGGCCGCAAGAUGAUCAAGAACUUUUUGCACAUGCAGGGUGGUACCUGGGAGGUAAACUCCCGGCUGCAAAAGGCGAUGUCAGUCAACGCCGCUGCCGCUGCGCCGGCGAAGCCCAAGGGCAACAACAUCCUUCAGCGAAUCUAUGCCAGCCGCAGGGCUGCUGUUGCGAUUCAGAAAGAGAUUCCCUCCCAGAGAAUGGCCGACUUGCAAGCUGCCUACGAUCUCAACGCGGCCCCUCCACUCGUCCCGCUUGUCAGUCGCCUGCGCCAGACACCCUUUGACGUGGCUCUCAUGGCCGAGAUCAAGCGUGCCUCUCCUUCCAAGGGCGUCUUUGCGCUCGGCAUCAACGCACCUACGCAAGCGCGCAAGUAUGCCCUGGCGGGCGCCAGCGUCAUCUCGGUUCUCACAGAACCAGAGUGGUUCAAGGGAAGCCUCGAAGACUUGCGAGCCGUGCGCCAGGUCCUGGACGGAAUGCCCAACAGGCCCGUCGUUCUGCGCAAGGAGUUUAUCUUUGACGAGUACCAGAUCCUGGAGGCAAGACUAGCAGGCGCCGACACGGUUCUGCUGAUUGUCAAGAUGCUGGAUCUCGAGCUGCUUGAACGGUUGUACAAGUACUCGCUCUCGCUGGGGAUGGAGCCACUGGUGGAGGUCCAAAACGCCGAGGAAAUGACGACGGCCGUGAAGCUGGGCUCCAGGGUUAUUGGUGUCAACAACCGGAACUUGGAGAACUUUGAAGUGGACCUGGACACGACGGGCCGAUUGAGACGCAUGGUCCCCGAGAGCACGCUCAUCUGCGCCCUCAGCGGCAUCAACACCCACGACGACGUGCUGAUGAACAAGAAUGACGGGGUCAAUGCCGUGCUCGUGGGAGAGGCCAUUAUGCGGGCGCCAGACGCGAGCGUCUUUAUCAGUGAGCUCUGCUCGGGCUCAGAGCCGGCAACUGAGAGGCCGCAGCCUCGGCCGCUCUAUGUCAAGAUAUGCGGGACUCGCUCGGUCGAGGCCGCCCAGGCAGCCGUCAAGUCAAAGGCCGACUUUGUGGGCAUUUGCCUGGUGCCUGGCGCCAAGCGCUGCAUCACGCACGAGACGGCGCUGGCAAUAUCCAACGCAGUGCACUCGCAACCUGGCGCGCUCGACGCCAGAGGCGAGCGGCACAUGUCCAGCAGCGGCGCCACAGACUACUUUGAAGCCGCCGCUUCACGGCUCCAGAGCUCGCGGACCCGGCUGGUGGGCAUCUUCCAGAACCAGCCGCUUGCAGAGGUCUUGGAGAUGCAGCGGCUCUACGACCUGGAUCUCGUCCAGCUCCAUGGCGAUGAGCCGAUUGAGUGGGCCAAGGCCAUCCCGGUGCCCGUAAUUCGGUGCUUCAAGCCCGGCCAGGUCGGGCUCGGGCUGCGCGGAUACCACACGAUACCGCUCCUCGACUCGGGAUCCGGGUCGGGGAAGCUUCUCGACGUGUCGAACGUCAGGGCCGCGUUGGAGAAGGAUGCGGACCUCCGGGUCUUUUUGGCCGGCGGCCUGAACCCGGACAACGUGGCCGCGGCGGUCGACGCCCUGGGCGGACUGAGCGAUCGGGUCCUUGGAGUCGACGUGAGCAGCGGGGUCGAGGAGGACGGGAAGCAGAGCUUGAGCAAGAUUGCGGCUUUUGUCGAGGCUGCGAAGGGUAUCAGAUAA